GCCAUGGACGAAGAGUUUCCCUUCGCCCUGUUUGUGGAAGGAAAGUGGGACCCCAGGACCCCCAAGCUGAAAAACAAACUUAUUAUUUACUUCCAGAGCAAAAGGUCCAAUGGAGGAGACUGUCUGGUUCAGUACGAGGUGUCUGACGGACAGAAAGCGACUGUGCGCUUCAAAACGGAAGAAGUGAGACAGAAUGUUCUUGAAAAGCAAGACCAUAAAAUUAAGCUGGGUAAAGAAAGCCUGAGCCUCAGUGUUUAUCUUUCUCCAAGUGAGGCCAAAUCCAGUCAGGAAACAAAGUCUCCAGUUGACACAGGCCAAACAGAAAAAUUACCAACCAAAGAUGAAAAGCCAACAUCCACUGAAUCUCAAAUAAAAGAAGAAGAGGACACUGGGUUGAGUGAAGACAGUAAGGACUCAGCUCCCACAUUAGCUGUGAUCAAAAACAUCCAGAACGUGAAACUCGAAUUUCUGGAAAUGCUGGUGGAGAAUGUCCUCAAGGAGACCCCUGAGUCAAAAGGCGUCAGCAUAGAACUCAUCCCCGAGUGUAGUUGUGCUGUGAUUACCUUUAUGAACAGAAAAGAUGCAGUGGACUUCAUUAUGUCUGGUCCAGAGAACUCAAUUUGCAAAAGGAAGAAUCUGGAAAUCAGUCUUCUUGAUAAGACCACAAAGGUGAAAGUAGAAGAUUUACCUCCAGGCAUGAACUCUGACUAUAUCUCGCUUUAUUUUGAAAAGUUUGGUGAAAUAGUGGGCGACGUAGAAAUGCUUGAAGAUGAUGAAUCAGCUAUAAUUACAUUUAAUGUUCAUGAAGAUGCAAACGCAGUUCUCAGACAUCAACACAUGAUUAAAAAGCACCCUAUCAAAGUUUUUCCAUACCAUGAAUCACUAGGAGUUGCCCUCUAUGGUAAAGAAAGACCUACUUUAAAACUCCCAGAAUUUUUCAUAGAAAAUAUUGAUGAAUCUGUCUGGAAAUAUCUUCAAGAACAUCAAAAACCAUUGGACCAAAUUAUGCAAGAUAUGCAAAAGCAUUUCUGCCACCUGGAGUUUCAAGACCCGGCUGUAAGAAUUUGUCCUCUACCUUCCAUCCUUCAGCAAGGUGCACAGACAAAGAAACUCAUCCAGACCUGGAAGGAGAAGGCCUCUGCUCAGUUCACUACUGCAGUGUCCCAAUAUACAUCACUAAAAAUCGACAAGAUUGAGAGAGAUGCAUGGCUGGAACUUGAAGCAGAAAUUCAGAAAAUGUUGUCAUCUGAACCUGUAAGCCUGAUCCUUCAUGAAGGUCAAGGAACAAUGAUAAUCGCAGGGCUUGCAGAAGAUGUACGCAGAACUGGGGAAAUGGCACAGAGCACUGUUAACCGGAUUACACAACGAAUACAAAGACAAAAGAGCAGCAUUGAAGAUGAGGUCUCCAUGACUCCAUCUAUUUAUGAGCUCGUCAUGAAAGAUGGGUUGGAGGAUGCACUCUACAACACCUUUCCAGAACUGAGGCUGUGUUUCAAUGCUCCUAGUGAAAAAUUAACUCUAUUUGGGGUAAAACAAGAAGUUUUAGAGUCAAAGAAUAAAAUUUUGCAAGAGGUUAUCGGCCUAACCCGUGGAAUAGUAGAACUCCACUCAUCUGUUUUGGAGUUUCUCAAUAUGGCGGACAGAGAGGAACUGACCAAAAAACUUUUUUUAUCCAAGGGAAUUCGUGCAUCAUUGGAGAUUAACAAAGACCAGGUGUUUCUUGUUGCUAAAACAGACAGAACUUUUAAAGAUGGUGAGAAUGAGUUAAAAGUGGGGCUAUACCAUGCAUGCAUUGAUAUAGAUGACCCCAGUGUAAUCAGGACAGCAGAAUGGCACAAUCUUGUUGACCGACUAAGUAACACAGUAAACUCGUCAGUAAUGAUGAUGCUAAUAAACACUUCAGACAGACAAGUUGUGAUUUCUGGAUUUGCUGAAUCUGUGCAGUGGGUUCAGGAACAGCUGUCUGAUUAUGUGCUAAACAAUUCCUGUAUUACCUCAACUCUGCAGGCCGAUAAAAUUAUUGUGAAUUUUAUUAAGGAGCACAAAAAGGAAGAUUGCUCUAAGCUUCUGCAAGACAAAAUUGAUGUUAACUUUAAAGGCAAUACCAUCACACUGACUGGUCCAAGACUUUAUGUCUCUGAGUGUCAACUUGCCUUUGAGGACCUAUGUGCAUCUGUUUACUGCUGUAACUUUAAAGUAGAUAAGCCUGGUGCCAAGAAGUGUUUUAAGAUUAAAGGAGAGAUGAUGGUUGAAAGAGCAAAGGUCAAAAUGGGCUGUGUAGUUGAACUGGUUGAUGAACAGAAUUACAACCAGAUUUCUUCUAACCUCACCGAGAAAAAGAGAGUUCGUACACCUGAUGGAGUGGAGAUCGUAGUUAACAAAGAUGACAUGUGCUCCUAUCCUGUAGAUGCUAUAGUGAAUGCUGCUAAUGUAAACCUGAACCUAAACGGAGGUCUAUCCAAAGCACUUUCUGAUGCUGCAGGACCGAAGCUGCAGGAAGCCUGCAAGCAGAUUAUUAAAAGGCGGACGUUAAAGACUGGUGAUGUUGUCCAUACUGAGGCUGGACAGUUGCCCUGCAAGCAUGUAAUUCAUGCAGUAGGACCAAACUUUGAUAGAUCUGAUCCUCAGGAAGCAAUUAAAUGUUUAAAAAAUGCUGUAAAGAGAAGCCUGAAUCUUGCUGACAGUUUGUUUUGCCAGUCAUUGGCAAUCCCAGCCAUUAGUUCUGGCAAUCUCGGAUUUCCACCAAACCUUUGUGCAGACACCAUUGUUUCGGCACUGGAAGAGUUCUUUAAAUUUGUCAAUGGAGAAACAUGCUUAAAAGAGAUUCAUUUGAUUGACAAAAAUGAUAACACCAUUGCGGCUUUAGAAGCUGCAGUGCAGAAAGCGUAUGGAGGCAGUUCCACAAGUCAGGACUCAACAUUCAGGGGCAAUUCCAGCAGCCAUCAGCAAAACCUGAAUACAGCAAGCUCUUCAAACCGCCAUCAGCAAAACCUGAAUACAUCAAGCUAUUCGAACCAAGGGUCUUCUCAAAGUGUUAAGACGAAUGAAGGGUUGACUGUUACUCUUGCAAAGUGUAACAUUCAGGACACUUCAUUGGAUGUGCUUGUGAACUCUGUAGCACCUGACCUGGCACUUAACCAUGGAGCUAUUGCACAAGCCAUUCUUGCUACAGCAGGCCCCCAGAUUCAGACACUUCUUAACCAGCAGGCUAAAGGCCCUGCAAAUGAUGGAGCAGUUUUCAUCACUAGUGGUUGCAAUCUAAAAAACAAGGUGGUCUUUCAUGCUGUAGCUCCACACUGGAAACAAGCACAAGGUUCAGCACAGAGCACGCUGGAGGGCAUCAUGGAUGAAUGUUUACGUCAGGCAGAACAGCAGAAGCAAGGCUCUAUUGUGUUCCCUGCUAUCGGCACAGGGAACUUGGGUUUUCCAAAGCCAUUGGUGGCUACCACUAUGCUGGACUCAGUCCUCAAGUUUAGCAAGACCAGGACUUCAAGUCAUGUACAAGAAGUGAUGUUUGCUCUCCAUCCCAGUGACCAUCUCACCAUUCAGGCUUUUACAUCUGAAUUCAACCAAAAGUUCAACAUCCAGUCAUCCUCAGCAAGUGACUCGAGCGAAGGUCCGUUUUCAAAGGUCACCUCACCAAAAACAGGGAUGUACGAGACUACAGUGGGAGGAGUUGUGCUCCAAGUUCUCAGUGGUGACAUCACUAAGGAGACAACUGAUGCCAUCGUAAACUCAACCAAUGAUAAUUUUACUCUGAAAUCAGGUGUCUCAAAGGCUAUUUUAGAUGCAGCGGGUCCAAAUGUUGAGGCUGAGUGCCAGCAACAAGCAGGAGCACAGCCGAACAAGGGACUGAUAAUGACUCAGCAAGGCAACCUGCAAUGUAAAAAGAUCAUCCAUAUUUCAGCAAUGAGUAAUCUUACAACAAUCCAAAAACGAGUUAGGCAAGCAUUAGAAAUGCUUGUGAAGCAAAAGUUUACCUCCAUUGCCUUCCCUGCCUUUGGAACAGGUCAGGGUGGAGCUAACCCUGGCAAUGUUGCCGACGCCAUGAUGGAUGCAGUAAUUGACUUUUUGACCCGGACUCCACAGUCUUCACUCAAAACUGUGCGCAUAGUCAUCUUCCAGGCCCCCAUGUUGGUAGAUUUUCAUCAGAGUAUGUUGAGAAAAGAGGUUACUGUAAAGCAGAAGACUGAGAGUGCCUGGUCAAGACUUACAACAUUUACCAAAUCAUUUUUUAUGCCCAAGUCCAAGGAUGUCACGUCACCACAAGAGAAGGACUUUUUAAUGGAGAACAAGUCGAUGCCUGUGUUGUGCUUCUCUAUCUGUGGGCCUUCCAAGACUGCUGUGGAUGAAACCAUGCAGUUUAUUGACAAGUUUAUCUCAGAAGAACAGGCUUUUCAGUCCAUCAGUGAUGCAAUGAUCCUCAGUUUGUCUGAAAAAGACAAACAACGAAUCCGAGAUCUGCAACGAACCAUGGAUGUUAAUGUGAAAAUCGAGCAAAAAGCUCAGGCAGCUACAGCAGCGGACUCCGAGGAGGUCACACUUAUAGUAGAGGGUCUUAGCAGGGAUGUUCUGGUGGUUAUAGGUGAAAUAAACAACAUGCUGAAAACAACCAGAGAUGAUGUGAACAAGAAGCAAAGCAUGGAACUAACAGCUGAGUUUGUGGAUUGGCAAUACCAGCAGGGUGGCCAGUACCACAGCUUCGACCUAGCUACAAACUUUAAACUAGAGCAAGCAUGUUCUCUGAAUAGUCAACAAGUGGACAUCAACUUUCAGGGACAAAUUUACAACGUCAAAAUACCUGAGGGUCCUGCUGUGAGUGGUGGGACACAGAUGGAAAUCAGGCGUGUUGACAAAAUGAGCGUUGCAGCUGCUGACACCCUCCCACAAGAAUGGGAAGUUAUGGCAUCUACUGAGCUGAUUAAGGUUUGUCCACUGAAAACUGGCAGCAAAGAGUACAAUGAUGUCCUGGCCGACUUUCGCAAAACCUGUCCCAAUAAUGUUCUUAAGAUUGACCGGAUACAGAAUCCUAGCAUGUGGAAGAACUACCAAAACAACAAGCAGUAUAUGGAGAAAAAGAAUGGCCAUCAGAACAAUGAGAAGAUGCUGUUUCAUGGAACCAGAGAAGACUCCAUAAACCACAUCAACCACAGUGGCUUUAACCGGAGCUAUGCAGGAUUAAAUGCUGCAGCCUAUGGAAAAGGCACAUACUUUGCACUUAAUGCAAGCUACUCUUCCAGCAACACAUAUUCAGUACCAAAUGCACAAGGACACAAACGCAUGUAUUACUGCAGAGUUCUCACUGGAGACUAUGCACCUGGAAACGGUUCCAUGAUUACUCCGCCUGCCAAAACCACCAAUGGCACAGAUCUCUAUGACACUGUGGUGGACAACACAGCUCGUCCAACCAUCUUUGUAGUGUUUCGUGAUUACCAUGCAUAUCCGGAAUAUUUAAUUACAUUUACCUGAACUUCAGACCAAAGAGGGCUGCAUGAUUCAUCAACACAAACUCCAUACUAUGCAUUUUAUACUUGCAUUCAGCCACAGUGAACUUUAUCCACAGUUUGUGGUGUUGCCUGGAACCGAAAUGGAUGUAAUUUGUCAUAAAUCAGCACAAAAUAAUCCAGGAUGUUAAAAGCCUAAUUAUUUACUAUAAAUAUAUAAAAGUUGUUUUUUUCUAAAAUAGUCUAAAUUAAUUCUGGUUCAAGAAUAUAAGGUUAGUGAAUUGUGACUUUGACUAGAGGAGGAUGUCAUCCAAAAUCUUGUAACCAGUUUGAAAGGGGAUGAGCCAGAAGAUGCCAUGGUAACUCUGAGCACAUUGCUAUCAGCACCAUGCUUAACCAUGUGGAAUGAUGUUUUAAUUGUGAACAGCAAGACUGACUACACUUCUCAGGAAAUCUCAGAUGAAAAACAUUUUUUUCCCCAUGUUUUGCUGAGUCUCCAACAUGAAUUUUGUCAAACAAGAAAUAAAGAUAUUUCUCCUG